AGUGAAUAGAAGAUGGCCUCAUGUCUGUACGAAUGCCUCUGUGAGGCAGAACUUCAAAAAUAUUACCCCCACUUUACUGCCCUUGGCUUUCAGAAGAUAGAUGAACUUGCCAAGGUCUCCAUGAAAGAUUACACCAAACUUGGAGUUCAUAACAUGAAGGACCGCAAGCGCCUCUUCCAGCUCAUCCGAAUUAUCAAAACAUUGCAGGCUGAAGAGGCAGUGAGGAAAGAGGAGGAAGAUUUUCAGAAAAGUACUGUCUACCUUCGACCCCAGCUCGCUAGAUCUGGCCCUCGGAGGCAACUUCAUUUUGAUUCCCUCUCCGAGGAAAAGGAUGGAGGAAAAGAGUUUGCACCUGGGUUAUGUACCUUAUCCCACAGUUCUUCAAAUGAGAGUAAAGAUGAGUCUGCUGCAGGGUUCAGCCAUGACUCUGCGUACCAAAGACUCAGGAAGGACUUUCUGAAGGAACCUGCCAUUUGGACAGAGGGCCAGCUGGUUGCUCCAGCUUCAAGUUCACCUAACAGUAUUGCGCCUCUUUUAGGAGACACUGACGUUUCCUUUGUACAGAGAGUAGCUCAUAAUUCAGGGUACAAUUAUGGGGUGCCUCAUUCUUCCAUCAGAGCUAAUGCUGCUGAGAGAGAGACACCAUGGACUGAAACAGACAAGAUCCGUGUGUGUGUGCGAAAACGCCCACUUGGUGUAAGAGAAGAGAGGCGUGGAGAAGUGAACAUUCUCAUAGUGGAAGACAAAGAAACUCUUCUGCUCCAUGAGAAAAAAGAGGCAGUCGACCUUACCCAGUACGUUUUGCAGCAUGUGUUUUACUUCGAUGAAGUCUUUGGGGAGACAUGUUCCAAUCAAGAUGUAUACAAGAAGACUGCUCAUCCUCUUAUUCAACAUGUAUUUAGUGGAGGCAAUGCCACUUGCUUUGCAUAUGGGCAAACAGGGGCAGGAAAGACCUACACCAUGUUUGGCACUCAUAAAAACCCAGGUCUCUACGCUUUGGCCGCUAAAGAGAUUUUCAGGCAACUAGAAACACCUCAGGCUAGAAAAGAUCUCCACGUCUGGAUCAGCUUUUAUGAGAUCUACUGUGGGCAACUUUAUGAUCUGCUAAAUGGAAGAAAAAGGCUUUUUGCAAGGGAAGAUAGUAAGCAUAUUGUACAAAUAGUUGGGCUGCGCGAGGUCCAAGUGAAUACCGUCAACUUGCUUCUGGAGGUUAUUCUGAAAGGAGGGAAGGAACGUAGUACAGGAGCAACUGGAGUCAACUCUGAUUCGUCCCGCUCCCAUGCAAUUAUCCAGAUUCAAAUUAAAGAUGCUGCAAACAGAGUGUUUGGGAGAAUCUCAUUUAUUGAUCUGGCUGGCAGUGAGAGGGCGGCUGAUGCCAAAGACUCUGACAGACAGACAAAAAUGGAAGGAGCAGAAAUCAAUCAAAGUCUUCUAGCACUGAAAGAAUGCAUCCGUGCACUAGACCAGGAACAUGCUCACACUCCCUUCAGGCAAAGCAAACUGACGCAGGUCCUAAAGGAUUCUUUUGUUGGCAACUCCAAGACAUGCAUGAUAGCCAACGUAUCACCCAGCCACAUUGCAACAGAGCACACCUUAAAUACCUUGCGGUAUGCUGAUAGAGUGAAAGAGUUGAAGAGAGGGAUGAAGUGUUGCACACCUACUGUGAACAGACGCCGGGCAACAGGAAGCGUGUCUCCUAAGCGUAUCCAGAAUUCUCCUUAUAUGCAAGUUGGAGGAAAGAGCUCUCCCAAGAAGGUUAAGCUGGGGCUGCAGCACCCUCUAAUGCCCACACCUGCGCCAAAGAUGAAGACCUCCUUACUGUUUCAGCCAGCUCGUCUUCCUUUCUCUUCUACUCCAAAAGGGCAGGGACGCAAAGAACAAUUAGGCGCUCCGUGGCUCGGCUGCACCAGCCCAGUAAAAGGGAUUCUGAAGACAGAGCCAUCAGCCAAGAAGCUGGCUGCGGAGCCCACACUGCAUUCUGAGAAAAGUCACCUUGGGAAGGACUUUAUGGCAAGGAGAGAAGGUGGCCGGGAGGACAGGCAGCGGGUUAAAUGUCUGAAAGUGGAACCAGUGCAAAAGCAACUUGUUUCCAGGGCUGAUUUUUCCCAUCAUAACUCAGAGCACCCAUUGGACCUCCUGGGAGAAGAUGGGAGACCGUUUGCAGAACAGUGCACUGCAGCCUGGACAAGUGUUUCCCCGCAUCAGAAAGACCGGGAGCAGCACCUUCGGCUUUAUCAUCAGCAGUUCCAGCAGCCCCCCCUUCUGCAGCAGAAACUGAACUACCAGCCGUUAGAAAAGUUUUUGGCCCAGUACAAGCCCCAGGAAAUCCAGGUGACGCAAGAGGCACCUCGCCCAGUCCCUGUAUCCCCUCAGUGCCGUGAUGAAACCAUGCAGCUUGAGGAACUGGAUGACAGCGACUUCAGUGAGGACUCUUUCUCUCCUGGGCCCGGUCAGAAGGCGGCGGACGUGGAAGCUAAAAGGAAGUGCAACCAGAAUUCAUUUUUCCUCCAUCCGAGAGACCGUGGGGUUCAGGAACAGGACGCACAAGACGGACAAGAGCUGUUUUGUAAAUGGUAUGAGUCUGAGAAGAAGGGAGCUGCCUUACUGAGCGAGGAAGAGUCUACCAGCUAUGAAGAAGGCGGGAAGAGUCCGUCUGAUUGGAGUUCAGAGGAAAGAUCAGCUCUUGGUUCUUCCCUGAACAAUGGCAUGCCAGAGAAACCUUACUGCUCAGAGGAAGACAGCCUUAUGUGUAAUAGAAUAAAUUGCAAAGAACUGCUCGUUGAGCAGAAGCAGCUUAGACGUACAGGUCCAUCUCACGGGUGCCCCGAUGAACACUUCUCUGCACCAAGAAAGGAAACACAAAGUCCGCCUCUUGCUGCUAUCUUACUGGAACCCACAUUUUCAGGAACUACAGAAAAUAAGCAUCUCCCCGAAAGAGCAGACUUUUGUGGAGCUUUAGACUUUCCCGUGGACCUUGCUGAUGACUUGAUGACACCUUUGACUGUAUCCUUCCUUAACUCAGGGUCAGUAGAUAUUGAAGGGAAGGAGAUGAAACAAUCCCCUACAUCCAGCAUACAUGAAAUAAAUCACUGGAGGAGAAAAGCUGGCCAGGUUCUUUCUCCACAGGCCAAAUACAAGUGGCUUUCACAGCCGUGUCACAGUCCACAUGAUUCUUCUCUCCUCGGAGCCACAUCAGCUGUAGGUGAACUUCAUAGCUGUGUUUGUGGCUACGCUAGUGAAGAUCCUCUGGCUGAUUUCCUUCCUCGGCACAUAGAGGAAAGUACCUUGCUUCAUGGCAACCUACAAACUAGUGAACGUUCGACUAUCCUACGAUAUGAUUCUGAUCCCAAUGUGCCAAAGAUUACUGUUUCAUGGAGCUGUUCAGAUCGACUGGGUCUGGGGAAAGAAGAGGUUCCUGAGCCCUUGGCCCCGUGCAGUCCAGCUGAUAAGGGAGAAAUCUCUUCCGUUUCAAAUGCAUUAUCCAGCUCUGAUGGUUCAGGAAACGAGCAGCGCUCAGAAAGAAGCGCCCUGUCUGAUUUGUGCCUUGGGACAGUGGAGCUCAGCCAGUCAGAGGAAGCCUUCAGGGAUGAGGAAACGGGGCCUCUUCAGAAUAGACAUAAUCACGAGGCUACAGAGCAGGAUCCAGGGGCUGACUCUAAGGGGGCAACUGCUGGGACUGCCAAGAACUCACUGAGCGCUUGUGGUCAGGUGGAUUUGGCUGAAGGUUCCCUGAAGGAUAAGGAAGUGCUGGGAAGGCAGCUUGUUCUUCAAAACCACCAAGAACAACUGGAUGAAAUGGCAGCUCUGUGUUCUCAGGAAGAAAGCUUGAUCAGUAAGAUGCCAGACUUGGAAUUUGAGGACUGUCUGAUGAAACUCGAUGAAAUCCUGCAGCUAAAAGCAGAAUGCAUCCAAAGGACACGAACCCAGCUGCAGCUUUUCUUUGCUGCUCCUUCAAGUGGUGCGACGCUGCUGCCAGUUUCCUCAACAUAGCAAUGAAGUGGUUCAGCCAUGAAACCUGUUGCUUAGGGACAGCAUCGUACAGUACCAAGACAUUGGAGUCUCAUGCUUAGCAUGUUUUAGGAAGAAGCUAAAGGUACCUUUCGGUUAAC